AUGGCUUCGGCAAAGCCUCAACGCAUUUUCAUGACUGGCGCCAAUGGUUACAUCGGCUCAGUCAUUACUGAAUUUGCUAUUUCAGAAGGAUAUACCGUCGUGGGUCUUUCACGUUCCGAGAAAAGCGAUACCAAACUCCGCAACCUCGGCGCCAUUCCCGUUCGCGGCGACCUACACACAUACGACGUUCUGACACGCGAGAGCGCCCAAGCUGAUGUCGUGAUCCAUCUCGCCGAUGCACUCGCUGGAAACUGGGGCAUGGAAUACUCAGAAGUGGUACGCAUUCACAAUGCAGCUGUCGAUGCCAUUGCCGAAGGUUUGAAGGGUUCCGGAACGCCAUUCAUUGAGACGUCUGGCUCGCUCGUCACAGCACCCGAUCCAAACGGCGGAGAAACGACCGAGUCUUCGCCGCUGGUUGAAAACCCUGUGAACAAUCGCAUCGACAGUGAGAAGUAUUCUCUUGCGCAGUGCGAGAAGGGCAUCAAGGUUUCUGCCUUGCGCUUGGCGCCAUAUGUGUAUGGCCGUGGCGGCAGCGGCGUGGGCCUCUUUAUGGGCACGGCUGCGAAGAAUGGCGAAGUCACAUAUGUUGGCGACGGCUCUACAUGCACUACUACAGUGCACGUUGACGAUGCUGCUAGAUUAUACCUUCUAGCUAUCAAGAACGCAAAGGCUGGUGAAACAUACAACGCAACGUAUGAGACGGAUGUGACCUCCCGCGCCCUGUCCGAGGCUAUGGGUGAGGCCCUUGGAGUUCCUGUACGCUCGAUAUCCUUUGGAGACAUGGUAUCAAAAGUAGGGGAGUUUUUUGCCAAGUUUUUGAGCGCUGAGAAUCGAGCUUCGAAUGCCAAAGCUGUCCAGGAGUUGGGGUGGCGACCGCGUGAGAAGAAAAUUUUGGAUGAUAUAAAGUCGGGAUCGUAUGUGAUACUUGCUAAGAGUUUGCGAAAGCCUACAGCUUGA